GUAACCUACAAGUUACAAGUUACAACCAAGUUACAACAUUUUCGCAAACCGCCAAGAAAAAUAUAAUUUCUUGCAAAGUAGAAUCAAACUUAAAACAAUGAGACUGAUAUCGAAGACAUUUCAACCUUUAAUAACAAUACCUAAAGGAGCAAAGAUAAAAAAUACUGAUAUAACAUGUAAAAGUCAAAAGCUUUUGUUAGAAAAUGGUCUGCUAAGGCCGACAAGUUCUGGAUUUUUUACGUUACUCCCUCUAGCCAGGCGAGUGCUGAACAAACUGGAACAUAUAAUACACCAGCAAAUGGAUUUUGUAGGGGCUCAAAGAAUCUCUCUUCCUAAUUUAACAUCAUCAAAGCUGUGGGAAACAUCUGGAAGACUGAACGCUAUUGGGCCAGAACUUAUUAAAGUAGAAGAUAGACAUGGAAAGAAGUAUUUAUUAGCCCCAACACAUGAAGAAGCAAUAUCAGAAUUACUAGCUGAUGUUGGUCCAGUGUCACAUAAGCAACUUCCAUUACUAGUAUAUCAGAUAAGCAACAAAUACCGAGAUGAGCACAGACCAAAGCACGGGCUGUUGAGAUCGAGAGAGUUUAGCAUGUUAGAUGCAUAUUCCCUACAUCAAGACCAUGACACCGCAGCCAUUACAUAUGACAGGUUUACAGAUGCCUAUAGACAUAUAUUUGAUAAGCUGGAUUUACCUGUGUACAGGGUUGAAGCACCAACUGGUGACAUGGGUGGAACAAUUUCCCAUGAGUGGCAACUGACUGCUGCAGCGGGAGAGGAUGCUAUAAAACUGUGUUCGUCCUGUUCACACACAGAACUUGCUGAUGGAAAUUCACAGUGCAGUCAAUGUGGAAAAGAGACAAAACAAAUUAACAGUAUUGAGGUAGGACACACGUUUAUACUGGGCACAAAGUACAGUGAGUCCCUAAAGGCGAAUUUUGUGGAGAGUCAUGGCACACAAGUCCCACUGACAAUGGCGUGCUAUGGCAUUGGCAUUACUAGGUUGCUGGCAGCGUCAUUGGAGGCCCUCUCCAGCGAGACGGCGAUGCGGUGGCCGAGAGCGAUCGCUCCAUACAGCGCGAUAGUCAUUGGACCUAAGGAAGGCUCCAAGGAGUGGGCGCACCAUGACUUCGAGAAGGUACUAGAAGUAUCAAUAAGGAUAUCAGAGGCGGGUCUAGAGGAUGACGUUGUCGUGGACGACAGACACGCUCUAACUAUUGGCAAGCGCAUGAUGAUGGCUGACCGCAUGGGUUACCCUUACAUCAUAGUCUGUGGACGGUCAACAUUGGAAUCACCAUCGCGGUACGAACUUUACCAAACCCACCUACAACAGUCCAAGCCCCAGUUGCUGACAUUGUCUGAACUUAUCACCGCCAUCACUGACAGUAGAGGGGAAGAAAAAAUAAGUGUAAGAGGUUAGUUCAAUAAAUAUUUAUUUUAA